AUGUCACGACCGCGGAAUUCAACAAAUUCUUCUGAGGAAGACGUUUUGUCCGACCUUUUAACGGUGGAACACGCCGGGAUGUUCCUUCUGGUAAAUGUUGUCAUGGUUUGUAGCGUUACGAGUUUCCUUGGCAUCAUCGCCAACGCCAUCAACCUGGCGGUGUUUGUGAAACAGGGGCUUCACAACACCAUCAACAUUUGCUUUCUUGGGCUGGCCAUCUCCGACAUGUGCUGUCUGCUGACUUUACUGUGGAUAUCCAUCUGCAUGAACCCGCUGGUGAUUUCUUCAGGUGUGCCUUGGGUGGCCACAGACUUCACCUAUUUAACAGGAGCGUGGCCUCACCAUAUCUCUGGACGCAUCACCAGCUACAUCACAGUCUACAUCACCGCGGAAAGAUGUCUUUGUAUCAUAUUUCCUCUAAAAGUCAGGCAAAUAAUGACGCCUACGAUAACGACCGUUGCUCUUUGUCUAAUUUAUAUAAUUAAUAUUCUAAUGCUGUGUCCGGAGUAUGUGACUUUGUAUCUUGACUGGACAUAUUUUCCAGCGUACAACUCCACGCUUUUAGCCAUACACUAUUUGGAAGGUAGGGAGAAGGCAUCAGGGCUAGUUUACUUUCUUAAUUCCGCAUCUGGGCUAAUUGCUUUCGUGUCUGUGGCUGUUCUGACGCCUAUUUUGGCGGUAAAACUCAAAGAAGCCUCAGCAUGGCGCGCGAAAUCCAAGUCUGCUAACAUUCGUGACGCCAUGUCUAAUCGUGACCAGAAGACGGUUAAAAUGGUUGUUUUGAUUGCCACAGUUCUGAUUAUUUGCUUUACUCCAGGAGUGGUUUUUGGAACGGUGACUUUUAUUGAACCAGAGUUUGACAUCAACAAGAGAUAUGCCAACACCGUGGCCUCUUUGUGGACAAUCGCCUGCAUCUCUCA